AUGAAGGCUGCUCAGGACCGUCAAAAGUCGUAUGCAGACUUAGGCCGAAAGCCAUCAGAAUUUCAAGUGGGCGAAAAAGUGCUUUUAGGAGUAUCGCCUACAAGAGGAGUCAUGCGGUUUGGGAAAAAGGGUAAGCUAAGUCCAAGAUUCAUUGGACCAUAUGAGAUAUUGGAUAAAGUUGGACAGGUGGCUUACCGGUUAGCCUUGCCUAUGGAGUUGGACAAGGUACAUGAUGUCUUCAACAUCUCUCAGUUAAAGAAGUAUGUUCACGAUGCCUCGCACGUGAUCAGCCCGGAGGUGGUGGUGAUAGACGAAACCCUCUCGUAUGAGGAGACUCCAGUAAAGAUAUUGGAUUUCAAAGCCCGUGACACCCGAAGGAAAUCUAUAAGGCUUGUAAAAGUUCUAUGGUCCAACCACUCAUUUGAGGAAGCUACAUGGGAGGUAGAAGAUGAUAUGAGGAGUCGAUAUCCGGCCUUAUUUGAAUCAGGAAUAGUGAUGUUGUGGGUUUUAGUGGUGAGUGAAUGUGGAAUGGAAGGUGUUAAAACGAAGUGUCAAGACUCCCCGAGUGUCGAGUCUCUCAAGGUGGAGGUGUUGGAGCGAAUUGGUGUUGACAUUGAAGGUGUUAAGAGAAAAUAUGUGCAUGAUGCACUUCGUGUUAUCCAGCUUGAAGUUGUAACCUUUGAAGAUGCCCUAUCUUAUGAAGAGAAGCCGGUGAGAAUUUUGUCACCUGGUCAUGAGAAGCGCACCAGAAAGCAGUGA